CUUUGGCCAAGAAUCGAAGCCGUUGCUGAGUUUAGACUACGUACGGACGGAUUGCCUGGCAAAACACCUUCAAAGAUUGGGAGUAUACAGUCAAGGUGCAACGAACUUAAAGCUCGAACAAAGGAGAACACUCUCCGACAUAGCCGACUGGGACAAAGGAGAAACAGUGGACAGUGGCAAUCUCCGACAUACCUUGGCCAAGAAUCGAAGCCGUUGCUGAGUUUAGACUACACGGAGAAGACCCACCUGAUUCGGUGUCCAGCCCUAGAGACAAGGGAGUCUGAUUUCAUGUCCAGCCCUAAAGACAACGACGGAAAGACAGAGAUACUGGGAUCCAGCCCUAAAGACAAGUACGGAAAGCCAAAGAUACUGGAGGAAAUGGAGAAGACCCACCUGAUUCGGUGUCUAGCGGAGGAAAUGGUGAUGACCCACCUGAUUCGGUGUCCAGCUCUAAAGACAACGGCAGACCCACCUGAUUCGGUGUCCAGCUCUAAAGACAAGGACCCACCUGAUUCGGUGUCCAGCCCUAAAGACAACGAUGGAAAGCCAGAUAUACUGAAAAGCAAAAAGACAGCUAAUGAACUGCUAUAUAUGUAUCCCCCACCCAUGGAGAAAGCUGAAGUGAAAGUAGUGAUUGCACUGUUUCGUCCAAUUGAGAUUCAGCAGAUUAUUAAUUUGGAGAGGUCAAAGAAGAGAGCCAAAGAACGACAACUUCGACUUGAACGAGAACGAAUUGCCUCGGUGGUUCGACGAGAAAAACUUCUCAAACUCUCCGCUGGCCAGACGCCAACUCAACGAAGGGGCGCCCACUCCCGGUGA